UUCCCCUUUCUCUCCUCCCCUUUCUUCUUCUCGAAGAAAAGCAUAGCAAAUAUUGAGCACGAAACUCAGUCCCAACACCAUCGUAGCUGACCCAAUGAUUGCCGACGACGAUGCUGUGGACAUCAUAAUAACGAAAUAAAAAAGGUGGCUUCUUUCUAUACCACAAGCAACCAACUUUCUUCUUAAAUUCAUUUGUUGGUCAAUCAACUCUGCUGCCCAUUUGCCAUUUGCUCUUUCUCCCCUCUUUCCUCUCCCUUUCCCUCUCUCUCUCUCUCUCUCUCUUUCUUAGAAAAACUCUGAAAUUCUGAAAUUCAGCUUCUCAAUUGAGCGAGAUAAGGAUAGAAUUCCAAACUCGACAAUGGAGGUGGUGAUACCGGCACCACCCAGCGGCAUGGAUUUCAACUUCAACAGCGCCUACUCUUCCCCCUACAUCAGCGCUCCCACUAGUCCUACUAGGGCAGCUGCAAUCUAUAGUGGCUUUAGAAUUCUCCAUCACCAACGGCACCGGUGGCAGGGGUGGCUCUUCUUCGGUCAUCCCAUUUGACUGGGAACAGAAGCCUUGAAAGUUGAAAUCCAGCGACACCCAGAACGAUGAUGACAACUUCGCCUUUGAUUUCAAUGGUCAGUUAGAGACAGCUUCGCUCGCCGCCGAUGAAUGAUUCCUAGCGGAGUUGACGAGUUUGCUACUUGGAAGAGCGUUGUUUCAUUGCCGAGGUCCCCAAGAUCACAUAUCUUGAAGGGGAAAAGGAUAAUCCGUGAAGCGUUGUCCCCGCUACACAAGAAAGACUUUGACUCGUUCGCAGCUGCAAUAGAGCAAGCGCAUAAAGGAUUAGAACACGGUCGAGGGAGAGAAAGGUUCUUUGGUUCGAAUUUCGGCUGCAGGGGUGUUUCUACGUUUGCAUGGGAAGAAAAAGAGCAACAACAAAGCACCAAAUCUGCUUCGUCAAAUUCAAAAUCCUCUUCUACAUCAUCGUCGUCUUUGAAGGGGAGCAAGAAAUGGAGGCUAAAAGAUUUUCUGUUGUUUCAAAGAGCUUCAGAAGUUCAUGUGGCCGGAUUUGCUCCUGCUCCGACUCCGGCAACAGAUUGUGGUGGCGGCGGUAUGCGGUGGAAGAAUGGUUCGGAGCUGAAGAAGAAAAGGUUAAAAGAACAGGAUUUCUUGGAGAACAACUCCCAGAUAUCUUCGGUGGAUUUCUUGCAAACACGGUCGGUUUCCACAGGUUUGGGGUUGUCCCUGGAUGAUAGGCGUAUGGCUUCUUCAGGUGAUUCACCUCUUUUCUCGCUCCUUGAUGACGAUAUCGAUGGGGAAUUGCAAAGGCAAGAGGCGGAGAUGGAUCGAUUCGUCAAAGUUCAUGUCUGCCUUUGUAUUCGAUUUUUUCCCAAUCCUCAAGCUUCUGGUCAACCGACAGCUCCAGUWCGAGGAGAAGAGGGCCAGUUUCAGCUCACGAGUUGCGUUACACGGUGAACCGGGUGGCAUCUGAGUUGAAGAAGAAGACCUUGCCAUACAAACAGGGUCUUUUGGGGAGAUAAAGGGGAAGGGGAAGAAGAGAGAUCGGGGAGAGAGUGGACUUAGGAAGUCCGCCGCCGCUGCAACCGUUAUCCCACUGCUGUUCGUGUCUCGAGGUUGGAGAAAAUGAACAGUAUUUUUUUCCAAAUAAUUAUUAAAAGGG